AUGGCGGCGAAUGCGUGGCAGGAGCUCGCUUCCAUCGGCAAGACUGUUGGUGGAGCGAUCUACAUGUCUACAGCCGCCAGGCUCAUUCAGUUGGAAGAAAAAGACAGCCUAGCAGCACUGACAGCUUGCAAGGCAAACGCCUGGCAAGAGCUGUCGCCUUCUGGUGAUCGUCCCGAGCGCAACUCCAACCAAGGGAUGGCUUGGAGCAAGGCCGACGGGGGCCUCUACAUCAUCUCUGGUACAGCUUGGGGCACCUCCGGCAAGGCGAACAACUGGGAGCAUUUGGCCCCCACCGGCACAGCACCAGAGUGCUGCGGUUUCCAGGGUGGUUGGAGUGAAGCUGCGUAUGGGUUCUACGGCCUCGGGGGCUGGAGUCACUUGGGGGACCUCUUCUUCUACAGUCGACAGGUGGACUAUGUAGGGGAGCAGGGAUACGUUGUUGAUUUCAAGUCUCCAAUUCUUCAGAACAUGCAGCACCACGAGGCCAAUGAGUGGCUGCUGGUCACUGCAGCAGGUGCUGCACCCAGCGCCCGCGUAAAUCAUGGAGCUGUCUGGGCCGAGACGCCUGACGGGCUGUACGUGUUUGGCGGGGAGAACUAUGCCGGAAAGCACAACGACCUUUACCUCUACAGCCGCCAGGUAGACAGGUGGUAUCAGCUGUCCCCUUCUGGCGAAGGUCCUGACAAGGGCAACUGGAUGAAUGACCUCCAUGUCCUGACUCCCAAGGCCUGGUGGUGUACAGAGGUGAGCAAACCUGGAACUGUAGGUUCCACUACACAGGGGGUGGGAUCCACAGAUGCAGGCAUGUGCAUUCGCCCAGAGGGCGCCCUCCGGACUGUACCAAACCUUCCCAAUGAGGGAGCUUCGGGAGAUGCCAGCCAGGGUGUGUACACCUGGGGAAGCAGAGGCUCCGAUUUUGCACCGGAGGGCGGCUCCUACCAGGUCUGCUGGUGUGCCAACAUCAAUGGAAUUCUUUGCGACAGCUUGCAGCUGUUCCAGAUGGCCGUUGGCCGACUACAGGUCCGUGGGCCUUCGAGUGCGCAUUCCUUUUGGUGUGUGCGCGGCAGAGAUUGCACAGAUCUCCAGCCACUGUUUGGUGUGGGCUUGUCCUCCAGUGACCAGGUGGUGCUGCGGAGCACCGGUUGCGGAUCGGUAGCGUUCCAGCAGAUUUCCCCCAGCAAUUUGAAUGGCAUUGCCAGCCUGGGCGCGUCUCCGGGCACGUCCGGCCUCGUUUUGUCUUUCGGGGAGUCGAACCUGCAGCAGGGAGUCGAUCUCCGAAUAUCCGCUAAUGCUAACGAAGCUGGACAUGACCUUUGCUGGUGUGGACGCGACAGCUGCAACGCAGAAGACUUUUCAGUUCCUUUCGGCAAGCUGCGUGUACAGGGACCUCUAGCGAACCAAGAGAUCAGCUGCUCCGUUGGGCAGCGCUGCUCGCUUGGCGCUGUUCAGUCUGUUCGCGCAAGCUUGGAGGACAGGAUCAUGAUUUUGUCCGCUUGUGGCACGGGUCAGGCAGUGCCGGGCUUUCCCGGUGGAGGCAUUGCCAAGGCCGUCGCUACUUGGCUGCGUGAUAAUGGUGGCUUCGAGCUCUUGGGCGACGGGGAAGUUCUGCAGCCUCGAGUGGGGAUAUACCGCCUUUGCUUUUGCAGGGAAAGCUCGGAAAUCGGAGCAUGCAGUGAAGCUUCAGCCUUUGCCGCGCCUGUAGGCCUUCUGACAGUGACUGGUCCCUUCUCACAGAUGAACACCUGUGUGCUGGGCAGCACUUGCAUUCUGCAACUGUUAGGGACCGGCUUGGCUGUCAAUGACAAGCUGGCAUUGACAAGGCAAUCAGGGUGCGACGCAUUGAUGGGUGACUUCGUCAGCUUGCAGGGCUAUAGCACUCCCAAAGAGCCCAUCCUGCUGAGACGGGAGGGGGAUCUUUGGCAUGCUGAUGUCGGCCAGAUACCUUCCAAUGCUGUCCCAGGGACCUAUAAGAUUUGCUGGUGCCCUGCAGAAGCAUCCUGCGAAGCACUGAUUUCCUUCCGAGCCGAGGCUGGACACUUGCAGCUGGAAUGUCCGAGAGGAUUUUUCUUGAUGGCUGGCAGGUGUGUGGUCUGCGGCAGGGGGUUUUACUGCGCUGGGGGCGAGCUUGGGACGAGAGUUCACUGCCCGGAUCGUCAGACUACGAUCAGUCGGUAUUCUUCCGAACGUUCAGAGUGCGUGUGUUCCCAUGGAUUCUUCGAUUCCUCUGGGAGCUGCGCUCCCUGCAGCAAAGGCACGUACAAGUCAGAAGCCGGGAACUUCAAUUGCUCAGCAUGUCCAAGCGGCACGGACACCCAUCUUGAGGGCUCCGUUUCAAACAGUUCCUGCUCUCAAGACAGCGCAUUCUCGGACUUGCAGUUCGAGAAUCAGUCAGAAAUCCCGACUGUUACCUUUAGUCUAGUCCUCUCUUCGUCAAACAGCCUGGAUCACCUGACGAUGUCUACACUACGCCGGAGCAUAUCAGAGUCCACAAACAUUGACCCCGACCAUGUGGUGUUGCUUGCACAGCCGCAGGCUCGGCGCCUGUCAGAACGUGUCAACCAGACCGUUGGCGUUGUUCUUAAGCAUCUUUCUUGGGCACUAGCAACUUCAUCAGCACAAGAACUGGACCCGGAUAUGAUGGAAGUAGUCCUUGAUGAUGCCCGUGCUCGGCUAAGCAAUCUUGGUGUACAUGUCAAUUCAACGGAAGCUGGUCCCGAAGUGUCGCCCUUCACUGUUUUCGUUACGAUCCAACAGUGCAAGCGUGCUUUCCUUGCCCGAAGGGCCGGGCUUUUCGAGCAAGCUGGCUACCAGCGUGAAGAAUCGGGUUGCGUGCCUUGCCCACGGUCUUUUUACAAAGAAAGCCAAAGCAACGCUCUUUGCUCUCAGAGAUGCCCCGUGAAUGCUGACAGCCAUCCCGCUUCGACCUCUCAAUCAGACUGCUUCUGCAAGCCCGGUCACCAUGCAUUGUUGACCGGUGAUCAGACCCUGCAGCAGUGCAUGUCAUGCGCAGCCUACAGCGGGUUGACCUGCCCCGGCGAGUGGGAGGAUGGGAAGCAUGCCCAGCCACGAGCCAUCCCAGGAUAUUUCAUCACUGGCCAGACCUCGGCUGUCAGGUGCAUGGUCUUCCUGUCGCAGAAUGAGAGCGUUUGCCGGGGAGGUUCGGACCGGUGCCGGAAGGAGCCAGAGUCUCCGCAAUGUCAGCAUUCCAACGAAUGCGAGGAAGGCUACACAGGCUGGCUUUGUGGCCAGUGUGCAGAAGGCAAAGCCAGAUGGGCGUAUCUCCGGCCCUGCCAAGAUUGCAUGAGUCAGAGCUCGACGUGGCUCGCACUUGCCAUUGCGGCGGACACAGGCAGGAUUGCUCUCUUGAACUUUGCAAUGGCAGCCUUUUCCGCAAGAUCGGCUGGGAAGGUGAGCUUUAAUCUUCAUUCUCCCAUGAUCCGAAUGCUUCUGCGAUUCAAGGAUGCGUGCUCCGUGCUUACGGACUUUGAUCUCGACCGCUUACACCCCUUCAGCUGGUCGGUGAGAGCGGCGGAUGCAGAUGCAGACCAAGCUUGCUCCGGUGCAUCCUGUGGCCUGGCUUCUCAGACAGUACCAGAAGCUGAGACUUGCUGUGAGUCGCCGCCGCGACAUGUUUGCGGAUGUCUGCGCACGUCCACCCUGAACGAUGUUUACAUCCCCAGCACCUACCAACUUGAGAUCCUUAAGCGAAAAGGCCCUCCAACUCUCACGGCCUCCCCCCUUAGACAACAUCCACAAAGCAAGGCUGCAGUAGGCCGUCUCCUGACCUUCCAGUGGCCCAGAGAAGUCACUCAAGCUUUGGAGAUGCUCCUCUCCCUGAUCUCCAUCAUGCCCAAGGUGAAUGUGGAGUUCGCCGCCGCAUGUGAAGCACAGUCAUGGUACGAAGGCAACAAAGGAAUGCAGAGGCUGGUGCCAAGCUUAUACUACCUCGUUUUGCCGAUUCUGACGUUGGUGGGCACAAUCUUGGUGUGCGCUGUUGCUGUGUAUGUCGUCGUGCCGGUUGGCAACAGACUCGGGGUUGAAUUCAAUGAUUGCGCUCGGGAGCGGGCGAAGCGGAAGAACUUGGCUCAAUGUGCAGUGUCGAACGUGGAGGAAGCUAAUGCAGAUUCUGGCUCGGAUUUGGCAAGCUGCGUUUCGGAGAUAUCUGGCGGAUUCAUUGCUGGGGCGGACUGGGAGGCUCCAUGGGAGGUGUUGACGGAGGGCAUCGCUCUGCCCACGUUGAAAAGUGCCGCAGAUGGCGAGGUGGCCUUACCUGCUCUUCGGCGUAUGGUCCUUGGUGCCGCUGCCUGGAAAUUGCGAGGCAGUUUCAACGCAAUGGCCGACCGUGAAAGCAUGCCACUGGAAGAGAUGGCAACCGCCGUGGCUCUGAGGGCAGCAGACUGCAUGCAGCUUAAGGGCAUGCUCGAGAAUGGUGGAGGCAUCUGCGACGAUUUCUUACAUCAAGCAUGCGAGCAGUUCAGACGGAAGGCUGCUUCUGAUGCAUCGAAGUUGAACUUUGGUCUUUUCAGUCCUUAUGCUUCCUUAAAGGAGCUCCUGAAACAGAGUGCGCCUGCAAUCUGGCUGACCCAGCUUUCGCUUUGGCCGGAGCUCUUGUCCAAGUUCCUACAAAUGAUCCGUUGCUCACCCAUGUUGGAGGAGAGAGAUGGGCAGCAGGACUAUGUGGCGCGCCUGCUUCCAUUUCCUGAUGUGGAAUGCUGGUCUCAGGAUCACACCCCCUUCAUUGCAGUUGCUGCUAUGGGGCUGCUCCUUUGGUGUUUGGGGCUUCCCUUGCUCCUGUUCCUCAAGAUAUGGAUGCUCCCGGACAGACAUGACCCUGCAAAUUUCAGACUGUAUGGAUUCUGCAUUCAAGGAUUGUCUCCGCGGUAUUGGUACUGGGAUCUAAUUGUCAAGCGGGCUGAUAUCGGCUUGAUGGUUUUGACUGCUUACACUUCGUUUGCCGAUGACGACAACGCGAAACUGCUCUUGUUUCCUGUGCUUUCUGGCAUGCAGCUUGGUUUGUCCACUUGGGUCCGACCUUAUGCAAACAGCCAGUCUCAGAGCCUGGAUGUGCUUGAAUCCGUCCUCUUAGCAAGUCGCUUCAUUCUAUUCAGUGCAAUCGCGGUGCUUCUCAUCUUUUUCCCAUCAGCGCAGCUGGUAUGGAUUUGGGCAGUCCUGCUGCUGACAAUGACCCUGAGCAGACAUCGGGUAAGUCUUGAUGUUUUGUUACGAAAAAGAAUCUACUUACACUAUACCAAUGAGAGCACAUCUGAAAGGUUUGUUAGUUAA